CAAGUCCUCGCAGCCAUGAGCAGCGAGCAGGAUAAACUACCCAGCAAGGAAAAGUCCAAGGCACCGGUGAGGUUCCUGCCACAGCUGUCUAUGGAUAAACCACUCAGCAAAGAAAAGGCCAAACUGCCAACGAGAGUGCUCCCCCAGUUAGCUGUGACGGGAGUCAAACCCCAGUGGCUGCAGACUGCCCCGUCAUUCCACUUAAAUAUCAACCAGGAAAACCAGUUUCCAGAACCCUAUACUGUUAAAAAUGAGCAGUCAUACGCUGAAUACAUGGAGCAAUAUGGAAAAAAAGGCAAAUUGCUAGACCAGGUUGAUGACAGCCGACCCGGACCAUCGACUACCAGAUCGAAGGCCAAAUCUCCACACAAGGAGCGAGAGAACUUUAGAAGCACGCUUGUCAACGUCAUUAUGCAACAACAAGACGGCCGCUUAGACUCCAUUAUCCCUGAAGAGAGCCUGAUUUCAAAAUCGACCACUUCUUCAAUAGAGAAAGACAUCUUGAGAUAUUACUACUACAUUCAUCACGGAAUUGAUACGGAUCACGUGGCCCCAAUGGAAGAUUCUUGGCUGGAGCAUGUGCUGGAUUUGGUCCCCCAGCAUCUGAAAGUCCUGACCAACAGCAUAACGGUCCUGUCAGAUGAGAUGAGAGAGGACUAUCUUCUCAGCGUGAAGAAGUCCAUAGUUGAUUUUGUUCUAAAAGACCCCAGAGAAAAAGACGAUGAUACCAAAACAACGGAGGUCCCUCCGCACCGCGCCGAAAUGGAAGUUUUGCCAAAGCCAUGGAGGAGGUCUUUCCUGUUGGCUUGCGGUUACAUCAGGGACCACUUGAAUGCCAUGAACCCUACGAUGCUGGCCGUGCUCGACCUGUGGCACAGCACUUUUAAGAAAUUACGUCUAGUUGACAUAGAAGAAUUUCACAACCGCCAGGACGCCUUAGAGCUGUCCGCCUUCCAGAACAUCGUCAUUAGACACAUGGAAUCUGCCAAGGAGACGCUGCUGAAAACGUGGUUCCCGGAAGUGCAGAAUAUCUAUUACCAAGGCAAUAAAAAAAAGCAAUUGCCAACUGGCGACAGCAGCGCCAAACUGGACUCCUUUUUCAACUGCGCCGCGAUGCUUAUGACCCUGCAGCUGCAGGACCUCACUCUCGUCUCCAUGCAAGACUUUACGAACCUCAUCGCCCAACCCCAGGAAUCUGUUCGAGCUUUUGAACACCCAGGUUUCAUCAUGAGGCUGAUUCUGGAUAAUAACGCCAUUAAGUUUGAACCUGAGUUUAAUGACUACAUCGAUAUUCUUGUAAAUGUUUACGAAGUCAUGAUCAAGGCUGUCAGCUUUGUACCAAGAGUGGAGACAAAACUGUAUUCCAAGUGGGAAAGCAAAUCCAAGCCAACAACCCUGAAGCCCAUAAUUCUGAGCGAGAUUGUCGACGCUCACAAAGAGAAGAUUAAGGAGGUGGUGCUGAGAGAGAGCGUGGCGCCCACCGAGCACCUCAAAUUCUACGACAAGUACCAGUUCUUGGUCACCAAGAAAGCUGAGCAGGACGUGGACCAGUUCCUGUCCCAGAAUCAGAGUUACGAGAAACUGAUAGAGGAGAUCCGCAAAUACCAAAAGCUGAUCGAAGAGAUUCAGUACACGUCUCGAAAGACGGUUCGUUUGGGGAUGUUUGAGAUGCACUGUGAGGAGCUGAUCAGAGCUCUGGUGAAGCGCGCGGACAUUAUCUGUGGGAGACUGAUAGCGAAGAUGUUCCGAGACCACCAGGAGGAGAACACGAGAUUGUGCGAUGAGUUUGAGAAGAUCGCGGAGAAAGCGCUGAGCACGCCUCCCAACACAGCAGAGCUGAUGGAGAUGAAGGCUCACAUUCAGAAGGUGGAGUCCACUGACAUGGUGGAGCUGGCCCAGAGACUGGUGGAUUCUAAAAACUGCCUGGCCUUCCUCAUUGAGUGCGUCAACUUCUCUCCUGCGGACAUUCGGCUGAAUAACAACGUUUUCCAGUGGUACGCCAGGAUGGGAGAGAUUUUUGACGAGCACAGGAAGAUCAUCAAAGACAAGACGGAACAGUACCAAGAAGGCCUUAAGCUGCGGUGUGAGAGGUUUGUGGAGGAGCUGGAGAGCUACGCUAAACAAGCGGAAGAAUUCCAUACAUUCGGGGACCUGCAGGACGUGCAGCGGUACCUGAAAAAGGCACAGGUGCUGAAUGGGAAGCUGGAUGCAGCAGCAGACAAGAUUGAGCAGUUUAAUGCCGAGGAGGAGGCGUUUGGCUGGAUCCCAUCCGUAUAUCCUCAACGGAAAAAGAUCCAAGACGGCCUGAACCCUUAUCUCCGUCUCUACGAAACUGCCGUGGAGUUUAGUACCAAGCACAGGGGGUGGACCGAAGGACCCUAUCACAAGGUGAACCCAGACCAGGUCGAAGCCGAUGUUGGGAAUUACUGGAGAGGGCUCUAUAAGCUGGAGAAGGCCUUCCACGAUUCUCCAAACGCACUGGCAAUGACCAAGAAAGUAAGAACAAGAGUGGAAGAAUUCAAGCAGUACAUUCCUCUCAUCCAGGUGAUCUGUAACCCUGGCCUGCGCCCCAGGCACUGGGAGGCCAUGUCCGCCAUUGUUGGCUACCCCCUGCAGCCAGCCGAUGACUCUACUGUCUUCUCCUUCAUAGACAUGAAUCUGGAACCAUUCUUAGACAGGUUUGAAGGCAUUAGCGAAGCAGCCAGCAAAGAAUACUCUCUUGAAAAGGCCAUGGAUAAGAUGAUCACUGAAUGGGAUGCAAUGGAAUUUGUCAUUCAUCCCUACAGAGAGAGUGGGACGUUUAUUUUGUCGUCGGUUGACGAAAUUCAGAUGCUGCUGGAUGACCACAUUGUGAAGACACAGACUAUGCGAGGGUCGCCAUUCAUCAAGCCGUACGAGAAGCAAAUGAGAGAGUGGGAGGGCAAGCUCCUGCUGCUUCAGGAGAUCCUGGACGAGUGGCUGAAGGUGCAGGCCACCUGGCUGUAUCUGGAGCCCAUCUUCAGCUCUCCCGACAUCAUGUCGCAGAUGCCGGAGGAAGGCCGGCGCUUCACCACCGUGGACAAGACCUGGAGAGACGUGAUGAAGACCGUGGUGCAAAAUAAACAUGUCCUGAUGGUUGUGACCAUCGAGCGGAUGCUGGAGAGGCUGAAAAAGUCCAACGAACUCUUGGAGCUCAUUCUUAAAGGGCUGAAUGAGUACUUGGAAAAGAAGCGCCUCUUCUUCCCCAGGUUCUUCUUCUUGUCCAACGAUGAGCUCCUUGAGAUAUUGUCCGAGACUAAAGAUCCUACCCGAGUGCAGCCUCACCUGAAGAAAUGCUUUGAAGGUAUUGCCAGGGUGGAAUUCACUGAAACUUUGGACAUAACACACAUGAAGAGCAGCGAGGGAGAGGUUGUGGAGCUCGUGGAUACCAUUUCAACCGCCAAAGCCAGGGGCCAGGUGGAGAAGUGGCUGGUGGAGUUAGAGAGGGUCAUGAUCAAGUCCAUUCACAAGGUGAUUGGAGAUGCAAUUGCUGCCUAUACAAAAAAUGAACGAAUUAAUUGGGUCAGAGACUGGCCUGGACAAACUGUUCUCUGCGUAUCUCAAACCUUCUGGACAGUAGAAGUCCAAACUGCUAUCCCGAUGGGGCACCAGGCCCUUGAGGACUACCUGGAUAAGUGUAACAGUCAAAUUGAUGACAUUGUCACGUUGGUCCGUGGCAAACUGUCCAAGCAGAACCGGGUUACUCUGGGAGCCCUUGUGGUAUUGGAUGUCCAUGCUAGAGACGUUCUCGCAAGCCUCGUCCGGAAGAAAAUCAGCGACGAUACCGACUUCGAAUGGUUAAGCCAGCUUAGGUAUUACUGGCAAGAAAAUCAUUUAGAAACAAAGAUGAUCAACGCUGGUUUGCAAUAUGGCUAUGAGUAUCUCGGCAAUUCCCCUCGACUGGUCAUAACCCCACUCACAGACCGCUGCUACAGGACUUUAUUUGGAGCCCUUCACUUGCACCUUGGAGGAGCACCCGAAGGUCCAGCUGGCACCGGGAAGACAGAAACAACCAAGGAUUUAGCAAAAGCUGUAGCCAAACAAUGCGUCGUUUUCAACUGCUCCGAUGGGCUGGAUUAUUUGGCUUUAGGAAAAUUCUUUAAGGGACUGUUAUCGUGUGGAGCCUGGGCUUGCUUUGAUGAGUUUAACAGAAUUGAUUUGGAAGUACUUUCUGUGGUCGCUCAGCAAAUCCUUACCAUCCAAAGAGGUAUUAACGCAGGCUCAGAACUGCUAGUGUUUGAAGGAACAGAGCUGAAACUCGACCCCACAUGCGCUGUCUUUAUCACAAUGAACCCCGGGUAUGCCGGGCGCUCAGAGCUGCCGGACAAUCUGAAGGCUCUCUUUAGGACAGUGGCAAUGAUGGUCCCUGACUACGCCAUGAUUGCUGAGAUCGUCCUGUACUCCUGUGGCUUUGUCACCGCUCGGCCACUAUCUAUAAAAAUUGUGGCUACAUACCGCUUGUGCUCAGAGCAAUUGUCCUCUCAACACCACUAUGACUACGGGAUGCGAGCCGUGAAGUCCGUGCUCACCGCUGCUGGCAACCUGAAGCUGAAGUACCCGAAUGAAAACGAAGAGAUUUUGCUACUUAGAUCUAUUAUUGAUGUCAAUCUGCCGAAGUUUUUAUCCCACGACUUGCCGCUCUUUGAGGGAAUUACUUCGGAUUUGUUUCCUGGGGUGAAGUUACCAAAGCCAGACUACAACGAUCUGCUGGCAGCCAUCAAAGACAACUGCACCGAAAUGAAUCUGCAAAUGACCAAGUUCUUCUCCGAGAAGAUCCUCCAGAUCUACGAGAUGAUGAUCGUGCGCCACGGCUUCAUGAUUGUUGGAGAGCCGUUCGGAGGGAAGACCAGCGCCUACCGUGUCCUAGCUGGAGCCUUAGGCGACAUCUGCGAAAAGGGACUUAUGGAAGAAAACAAGGUCCAGAUAACUGUUUUGAACCCUAAGUCUGUGACCAUGGGCCAGCUGUACGGACAGUUUGACUUGGUGUCCCACGAGUGGUCCGACGGGGUCCUCGCCGUGAGCUUCCGAGCGUUCGCGGCUUCCCCGACUCCUGACAGGAAGUGGCUAAUUUUUGAUGGGCCGGUCGAUGCGGUGUGGAUCGAGAACAUGAACACGGUGCUGGACGACAACAAGAAGCUGUGUCUGAUGAGCGGGGAGAUCAUACAAAUGUCACCACAAAUGAAUCUAAUUUUCGAACCCAUGGAUCUGGAAGUCGCUUCUCCUGCCACCGUUUCCCGGUGUGGCAUGAUUUACAUGGAGCCCCACAUGCUGGGUUGGAGGCCACUGAUGGUGUCUUGGAUCAACACUUUGCCGCAGACAGUCAGCGUCAUUCAGAGGGAGUUCAUAGAAGGCUUGUUUGACAGGAUGGUCCCUGUUUCUGUUGAAUUCAUUAGAAGGCAUACGAAGGAGCUCUCUCCUACCUCAGACACCAACCUGGUCCGCUCCUUAAUGAACCUCAUAGACUGCUUCAUGGACGACUUUGCUGAUGAAACCAAACAAAAAGAAAGAAACGAUAGGGAAACGUUCUCCCUGCUUGAGGGCAUUUUUCUGUUCUCAUUGAUCUGGUCUGUCGGUGCUUCUUGUACAGAUGACGACCGUUUGAAAUUCAGUAAGAUUCUCCGAGAGCUAAUGGAAGGUCCCAUUUCAGACCUAACGCGGAAUAAGUUCAAAUUACAGAGCGGUACUGAACAGACAUCCUCAAAGACAUUAACAGUGCCGUUUCCUGAGAAGGGGACAAUUUAUGACUAUCAGUUUGUCCCAGAGGGCUUGGGGAGAUGGGAUCAGUGGAUAAAGAAAUUAGGAGACGCUCCCCCGAUUCCCAAGGAUGUCCAGUUUAAUGAGAUCAUUGUGCCAACUCUAGACACGAUCCGCUACUCCGCACUAAUGAGCCUGCUGACCACGCAUCAGAAGCCUUCGAUAUUUGUCGGCCCGACGGGAACGGGCAAGAGUGUUUAUAUCAUUAAUUUCCUUCUAAAUCAACUCAAUAAGGACAUUUACAAACCUCUGAUAGUUAACUUCUCAGCUCAGACGACAGCGGCUCAGACGCAGAACAUCAUCAUGUCGAAGCUGGACAAGAGACGGAAAGGAGUUUUUGGCCCUCCUUUAGGCAAGAGGAUGGUUGUCUUUGUAGACGAUGUCAAUAUGCCUGCUCGGGAGGUCUACGGGGCUCAGCCCCCCAUCGAGUUACUCAGACAGUGGCUGGACCACUGGAAUUGGUACGACCUCAAGGACUGCUCAGUGAUCAAGCUCGUGGACAUUCAGAUCAUGUGCGCUAUGGGCCCUCCAGGCGGGGGCCGCAAUCCAAUAACCCCUCGCUACGUGAGACAUUUCAAUAUCGUCACCAUCAAUGAGUUUAGCGACAAGUCCAUGUUCACCAUCUUCUCCAGAAUCCUGACCUGGCACCUAAGGACCUGUUAUAAGUUUCCAGAUGAUUUUCUGGAUCUGACCACACAAAUCGUGAAUGGUACAAUGGCCCUGUACAAGGACGCCAUGAAGAAUCUCUUGCCUACCCCGGCUAAGUCUCACUACCUGUUCAACCUUCGCGAUUUCUCCCGCGUCAUUCAAGGUGUUUGUCUGUCGAGACCAGAAACAGCAGAGAACAAAGAGGCCAUUAAACGCCUGUGGGUGCACGAGGUCCUCAGAGUGUAUUAUGAUCGCCUUCUGGAUAAUGCUGACAGAAGCUGGCUUAUUAACUACAUACAAGAAAUUCUGAAAAACUACAUGCAGGAAGAUUUUCAUGAACUCUUUAGCAACUUGGAUUUCGAUUAUGAUGGCAUUGUGGAAGAAGAUGACUUAAGAAGUUUAAUGUUUUGUGAUUUUCACGACCCGAAGAGGGAGGAUACCUGCUACAGGGAAAUCGCAGACGUGGACUUACUUCGGAUGAUUGUAGAAAGCCACCUCGAAGAAUACAACAACAUGAGCAAAAAACCCAUGAACCUGGUCUUGUUCCGGUUUGCCAUCGAACACAUCAGUAGGAUCUCUCGGAUCUUGAAGCAGCCGAGGAGCCACGCCCUCCUAGUGGGCGUUGGCGGGAGCGGAAGGCAGUCAGUCACCCGGCUGGCGGCCCACAUGGCCGACUUUUCAGUCUUCCAGGUGGAGAUCUCCAAGGGCUACGGGAGCAACGAGUGGCGCGAAGAUUUAAAAGUGAUCUUACGGAAGUGCGCGGAAGGCGACAUGCAGGGCGUCUUCCUGUUCACGGACAUGCAGAUUAAAAGGGAGUCGUUCCUGGAAGACAUCAACAACCUGCUAAAUGCUGGGGAGGUUCCAAACCUCUUUGCUCUGGACGAGAAGCAAGAGAUCUGCGAAAAGAUGCGCCAGCUGGAUCGCCAGCGGGAUAAAACCAAGCAAACGGAUGGGAGCCCCAUUGCACUUUUCAACAUGUUCAUCGACCGCUGCCGCAACCAGCUGCACGUGGUCCUGGCCAUGAGCCCCAUCGGAGAUGCCUUUCGGAUCCGUCUUAGGAAAUUCCCCGCCCUGGUUAACUGUUGUACCAUCGACUGGUUCCAGUCGUGGCCAGAAGACGCUUUGGAAGCGGUGGCGUCACGGUUCCUGGAAGAAAUCGAAAUGUCGGAGGAGAUCCGUGAGGGCUGUAUCGAGAUGUGCAAGAGCUUCCAUACAUCCACCAUCAACUUAUCCACCUUGUUCCACAGUGAGCUGCAGAGAUACAACUACGUGACUCCCACCUCCUACCUGGAACUCAUCUCCACCUUCAAACUCUUGCUAGAAAAGAAAAGAAAUGAGGUGAUGAAAAUGAAGAAGCGCUACGAAGUGGGCUUGGAUAAACUGGACUCAGCCGCCUCGCAGGUGGCCACCAUGCAGAGCGAGCUGGAGGCUCUGCACCCUCAGCUGAAGGUCGCCAGCCGAGAGGUCGACGACAUGAUGGUCAUCAUCGAGAGGGAGUCCAUGGAGGUCGCCAAGACCGAAAAGAUCGUGAAAGCUGACGAAAUAGUCGCGAACGAUCAAGCCAUGGCCGCCAAAGCCAUCAAGGACGAGUGUGACGCCGACCUGGCCGGGGCCCUGCCCAUCCUGGAGUCGGCGCUGGCCGCCCUUGACACCCUGACCGCGCAGGAUAUCACCGUGGUGAAGUCCAUGAAGAGCCCCCCUGCAGGCGUCAAGCUUGUCAUGGAGGCCAUCUGCAUAUUGAAGGGCAUCAAAGCCGAUAAAAUCCCCGACCCAACAGGCUCGGGAAAGAAAAUUGAGGAUUUCUGGGGCCCCGCCAAGAGACUUCUUGGUGACAUAAGGUUUCUGCAGUCGCUUCAUGAAUAUGACAAGGACAAUAUUCCUCCGGCCUAUAUGAAUAUCAUAAGGAAAAGUUACAUUCCCAACCCAGACUUUGUUCCAGAGAAGAUUCGGAACGCUUCAACAGCUGCUGAGGGUCUGUGCAAGUGGGUCAUAGCGAUGGAUUCCUAUGACAAAGUGGCAAAAAUUGUAGCUCCCAAAAAGAUAAAACUGGCUGCGGCUGAAGGGGAGCUGAAAAUCGCUAUGGAUGGUCUCAGGAAGAAGCAGGCUGCCCUGCAUGAGGUCCAGGACAAGCUGGCCAAGCUUCAGGACACGCUUGAGCUGAACAAGCAGAAGAAAGCUGACCUGGAAAACCAGGUCGAUCUGUGCAGCAAAAAGCUGGAGCGGGCCGAGCAGCUGAUUGGAGGCCUGGGAGGCGAGAAAACUCGCUGGAGCAACUCGGCUCUGGAGCUCGGGCAGCUGUACAUCAACCUGACAGGGGACAUCCUCAUCUCCUCGGGGGUUGUCGCCUACCUGGGGGCCUUUACGUCCAACUACAGACAGAACCAAACCAAGGAGUGGUCAGAAUCGUGCAAAGGAAGAGACAUCCCCUGCUCAGAUGACUAUUCUCUUAUGGGUACUCUGGGAGAAGCUGUGACAAUUCGAGCUUGGAAUAUUGCUGGAUUACCCUCCGACUCGUUUUCCAUCGAUAAUGGGAUCAUUAUAAUGAAUGCGAGAAGGUGGCCUCUGAUGAUAGACCCUCAAGGCCAGGCCAAUAAGUGGAUCAAGAACAUGGAGAAGAGCAACAGCCUUCAGCUGAUUAAGCUUAACGACCCUGACUACGUCAGGACCCUGGAGAACUGCAUCCAGUUCGGCACGCCUGUGUUGCUAGAAAAUGUGGGCGAAGAACUGGACCCGAUUCUGGAGCCGCUUCUGCUGAAACAGACCUUCAAGCAGGGCGGGAGCACGUGCAUCCGGCUUGGCGACGCCACGAUCGAGUACGCUCCCGACUUCCGCUUCUACAUCACCACCAAGCUGAGAAACCCGCAUUACCUCCCUGAGACGUCAGUGAAGGUAACAUUGUUGAACUUUAUGAUAACUACAGAGGGAAUGCAGGAUCAGCUUUUGGGAAUUGUGGUGGCCCGGGAAAGACCAGACCUGGAGGAAGAAAAGCAAGCCUUGAUCCUACAGGGGGCUGAGAACAAAAGGCAGCUAAAGGAAAUCGAAGACAAGAUUUUAGAAGUCCUUUCGUCGUCAGAAGGCAAUAUCCUAGAAGAUGAGACGGCCAUUAAGAUAUUGUCUUCCUCCAAGGCUUUGGCUAAUGAGAUUUCUCAAAAGCAGGAAGUGGCCGAGGAGACGGAGAGAAAGAUCGACAACACGCGCAUGGGCUACCGCCCCAUCGCUGUCCACUCCUCCAUCCUCUUCUUCUCCAUUGCCGACUUGGCCAACAUCGAGCCCAUGUACCAGUACUCACUGACCUGGUUCAUUAACCUUUUCAUCCUGUCCAUCGAGAACUCGGAGAAAUCCGAAAUCCUACCGAAAAGGCUUCAGAUCCUGAAGGAUCACUUCACGUACUCGCUCUACGUCAACAUCUGCCGCUCGCUCUUUGAGAAGGACAAGAUGCUGUUCUCCUUCUGCCUCACCGUGAACCUGCUGAUACACGACAAUGCGAUCAACAAGGCAGAGUGGAGAUUUCUGCUCACCGGUGGAAUUGGGCUGGACAAUCCUUAUACCAACCCUUGCCCGUGGCUUCCUCAAAAGUCCUGGGACGAGAUCUGCCGUCUAGACGACUUACCGGCCUUCAAGACCAUUCGCAGGGAGUUUAUGCGCCUGAAGGAUGGAUGGAAAAAAGUGUACGACAGCUUGGAGCCACACCAUGAGGUGUUCCCGGAAGAAUGGGAGAAUAAAGCUAAUGACUUCCAAAGGAUGCUUAUCAUUCGCUGUUUGAGGCCAGACAAGGUUAUCCCCAUGUUGCAGGAGUUCAUAAUCAGGAAGCUGGGGCGCUCUUUCAUUGAGCCGCCCCCCUUCGACUUGUCCAAGGCGUUUGGGGACAGUAACUGCUGUGCACCGCUGAUCUUUGUCCUCUCUCCUGGAGCGGAUCCCAUGGCGGCUCUUCUGAAAUUUGCGGACGACCAGGGCUAUGGGGGCUCAAAACUGAGCUCUCUCUCCCUUGGCCAAGGCCAAGGGCCCAUUGCUAUGAAGAUGUUAGAAAAAGCCGUCAAGGAUGGAACAUGGGUGGUGCUCCAAAACUGUCAUCUUGCCACCUCCUGGAUGCCAACGCUUGAGAAAGUGUGCGAGGAGUUAAGCCCAGAGACCACGCACCCGGAUUUCCGAAUCUGGCUGACGAGUUACCCAUCUCCGAAUUUCCCUGUGUCGGUCCUGCAGAACGGAGUGAAAAUGACCAACGAAGCCCCGAAAGGAUUACGGGCUAACAUCAUCCGAUCGUACCUCAUGGACCCGAUCUCUGACCCUGAAUUCUUUGGCAGCUGCAAAAAGCCCAAUGAAUUCAAGAAACUGCUUUAUGGUCUCUGUUUCUUUCACGCUUUGGUACAAGAGAGACGAAAGUUCGGACCCCUGGGGUGGAAUAUUCCUUACGAAUUCAAUGAGACCGAUCUAAGGAUCAGUGUGCAGCAACUCCACAUGUUCCUGAACCAGUAUGAGGAGCUGCCUUACGACGCUCUGCGGUACAUGACCGGGGAAUGCAACUACGGAGGCCGAGUCACUGACGACUGGGACCGGCGCACACUGCGCAGCAUUCUGAACAAAUUCUUCUGCACGGAGUUGGUUGAAAAUGCAGACUACAAAUUUGACUCGAGUGGCAUCUAUUUUGUCCCUCCUCCUGGUGACCACAAAAGCUAUAUCGAGUACACGAAGACCCUGCCGCUGACCCCGUCGCCGGAAAUCUUUGGAAUGAAUGCCAACGCCGACAUCACGAAAGACCAGUCGGAGACACAGCUGCUGUUUGACAAUAUACUCCUCACCCAGUCUCGUUCGUCAGGUUCUGGAGCAAAGUCGUCAGAUGAAGUCGUCGACGAGGUUGCUGGGGAUAUCCUGGGCAAACUUCCAAACAACUUCGACAUUGAGUCCGCCAUGAGGAGAUACCCCACCACUUACACCCAGAGCAUGAACACUGUCCUGGUCCAAGAGAUGGGGCGGUUCAAUAAGCUGCUGAUGACCAUACGAGAAUCAUGCAUUAAUAUCCAAAAGGCAAUCAAGGGGCUCGUCGUGAUGUCCACGGAGCUGGAAGAGGUGGUCAGCAGCAUUCUGAACGUCAAAAUUCCAGGAAUGUGGAUGGGCAAAUCCUACCCCAGCCUCAAGCCGCUCGGCAGCUACGUGAACGACUUCCUGGCAAGACUAAAGUUCUUACAGCAAUGGUACGAAGUCGGCCCUCCGCCCGUCUUCUGGCUCUCUGGCUUCUUCUUCACACAAGCCUUCCUGACGGGUGCACAGCAGAACUACGCCAGAAAAUUCACCAUCCCAAUCGAUCUUCUGGGGUUCGACUACGAAGUGAUGGACGACAAAGAAUAUAAAAAUCCUCCCGAGGACGGUGUCUACAUCCACGGAUUGUUCCUAGAUGGCGCUUCCUGGAACAGGAAGAUCAAGAAACUUGCAGAAUCGCAUCCGAAAGUUCUCUAUGACCCAGUUCCCGUGAUGUGGCUAAAACCCUGUAAGAGGUCGGACAUACCCAAACGGCCAAGCUACGUGGCUCCCCUGUAUAAGACGAGUGAGAGGAGGGGCACGCUGUCCACCACGGGCCACUCCACCAAUUUUGUGAUUGCCAUGAUUCUCCCCUCCGACCAGCCCAAGGAGCACUGGAUCGGACGGGGUGUGGCCCUGUUGUGCCAGCUCAACUCCUAGCUGGAAGGCGUCCUCACCGCCUCCCUCGUUAGACUGAGUAGAUCAUGUGGUACUGUUUAGACUUU